CAUCUGCCUCCUUAGCUCCUGAUCAGCUGAUGACAGCUUCUACACACCGCGCUGCUUAACGCACGCAUUUCCUUAUCAGUAACAGAAACAAAGUUUUGAUAAAAGAAGACGUGGGCCGCUGCUGUAAAAAAAGUGAGGCGCGAACCAGAAAAGCUUCUGCCGAUCACAAUUCAACAACGGAUUAUGAAACAAUUCAACAACGGAUUAUGAAAGAACGGAUAACGCUCGAAACACGCAGAUUCUUCCUGAUGUUAGAGUCAUGCGGAGGAACCCCUUCAUGGUGGAUGGCUGCUGUAGGAAAGGAUCCCGUAAUGCCCUGCAGGAGCUCUACAACCCCACACAGUCGGACUCAUCAGGAGCCGCUGUCCUUCACCAGGCUAGGAGGGAUCAAGUUGUAGACGCCUGCAGAGUCUACAGCGCCUCCAGUCGAAAGCGGAGAGUGCUGACCCCUGCAGACCUGAAACACCUCGUUGUGGACGAAGACCAUGAACUUAUCUACUGCUAUGUCCCUAAGGUGGCUUGCACCAACUGGAAACGAGUCAUGAUGGUUCUCACAGGCCAGGGGAAAUACAGUGACCCCAUGGAAAUCCCGUCCAACAAGGCCCAUGUUCCCUCCAACCUGAAAACGCUGAAUCAGUACACCAUCGCUGAGAUUAACCACCGCCUCAAGAACUAUCUUAAGUUCCUCUUUGUUCGUGAGCCGUUUGAGAGGCUGGUCUCUGCGUACCGCAAUAAGUUCACCUUGAAGUACAACUCUUCCUUCCAUAAGCGCUUCGGCACCCGGAUCAUCAGGCGUUACCGCAAGAAUGCCACUCAGGAAGCCCUGCUCAGCGGCUCUGAUGUCAAAUUUAAGGAGUUUGUAGAGUACCUGGUGGAUCCAGCCACACAGCGUGACGGCCCACUCAACGAGCACUGGCAGACAGUUUACCAGCUGUGUCACCCCUGUCACAUCCACUACGACCUGGUGGGAAAGUACGAGACUCUAGAGGAAGAUGCUAACUACGUGUUGGGACUGAUAGAUGUCGGGGACUCCCUGCGCUUCCCGAGCUAUGCCAAGUCCACUCGCACCACAGACGCCAUGACAGCUCAGUUCUUCAGCAAUAUCAGCUCUCAGCAGCAGGUUCAGCUCUACCAGCUUUACAGGAUGGACUUCCUCAUGUUUAACUACUCCAAACCCAGCCAGCUGCGGCUGGACUAGCAGAAAAGAGAGCUGGGACUCCGACAAUCGCUGCCUCCGUUACAGAGAGGCAACACGAGGAGAAAAGUUCAGAAUUUUUUAAGCAAACUCGGUUUUUACAAACUGUCAUUGUUCCUUACAGGUGUGGAAGAUGAAAGUGAUAUAAAGUAGCCCUGACUGAAUAAAGUAACGUGUGCUUAUACAGGUACAAGUCGAGAGAUGUGACAUCAGCAGACACAGAAAGCACCGAUUAGAUGGACAUGUGGGCUUAAAGGACCAAACGCAGAAACUGAAAAUCGUGGGUGAAGCAGGUCUUCAAGGGGUUAAAAACUGGAGUUUGUCCUCUGAACACUGAUUUAAAGAGGAAUUCUUCUGAUGAUGUUUCCUACCUGUUUAAACAAACUGCUAACAAAUUGCUGCUUCAGAUUCUGCAAGGCAAACAGCAGCCUCACCCUGACCCCAGUGCAUCGUGGGAGUCGAAUUUUUCUCCCUCUCCUUGAUCAAUAAAGACUCCGUAAAAUUGUAAAAAAGUUCUUGUCCUUGCUGUAGUGUCAGCAUGGUGAGUUAACUCCCAUCACCCCCGGCUGCAUUAGAUUCAUGUCAUCACCUCCUCCAGGAUGCCUUGUGAUGGAUGGCUCCUGAUUUCAUGCUCCAGAAUACUCCAGCUGUAAUUAGACCGGUGUCUCCUUCAGCCAACGGUUGUACCAGCUGUGACGCUGGCCUUCGGACCUUCUGGACUUUUUAAAAUCAGACUCCUGCUGCAGAAAAGGCUGAAUGAAUCAUUUGUAAUAUCCUGAACAGUUUGGGACAAAGGAAGUGGUUUGAAACAAAUACUUGUGUGCCGAGACGCUACAGGCAACGGCUGGUUUAAAAGGAAUGUGGUUGCAAAGGGAUGAUCCAACAACUGCACCCAUAACAGGGGGCUGAGCGGACACACUACCGGGACCACAUCCACCAGGACCCAGAACCAACAGCCUAACAUGUUAAGAUUGUAAUUUUGUCUUGAUCUUUUAUUUUUGUCUGUUCCUGUUGUCUCAUAAGGAUUGCUGCGAGCAGCAAUAACAUAAAAUUAUUUAAUGUUGUUUGAACAGAGAGAGUGUGUGUUAGUGUGUAGUUGUUCUAGGCUCGGGAGCAUCCUGGGAGAUUUCUAGAGUUUUUUUUUUGUUUGUCUCUGAUCCAUCACAGGUUUAGUGAAUUUUAUCUGAAUGGUUGAAAACGUUAGCUCCUUGGCUUUGUGCUUUUGUGCUCUAACCGGUUAAAAAUCUGGUUUUCAUGUAUAAACUGAGCCAGAAUCUCAUCAAUGGAAAUGAAGUUGAGAAAGUUUUGUCUCAGAUAGAAAUGUUGGUGAUUUAACUGAUGAAAUCCGGCAGUGAAUUAAACCCAACCACACUCCUUGUGAGGAAGCUGCUGGCGCUGCUUGAAGCUCUCACAUCUUGGGGUCUCAUGAGAAAUGAAGACCAUAAUAGAAAGGUGUUUUAUAAUACAGAUGUGUUGCAGUAGAGGAAAGUGCAUUUUUAAAGAACCAACAAGGACCGUACGCUACCUGGAGCAUGAAGUCCAGUUUGGCUUCCCAUUUCCAAACUUAAAGGCGAACUAGGCAGUUUUUACUUGCUUUUAGCACCCUCUAGUGUCUGUUUGUAGAGCCAAACGCAAAACCUAUCUCCUCGCUGUGCGUUAGUAUUUUUAGCACAGCUGAGAUGUCUCCCCAGCCUUCCUUACUGUCUACAGGAGUGAUUCAUCACUAAAUUAAACAAAUCAGCUGUGUUCAUGACCUAAAACAAGCAGGAAACGUUCUGGAACCAGACUGCAGCACCAGGUAUGUCAGCUCAAUGUUUUCUAAGUCCCAACAGAGCAGCCCAGCAGUCUGAAGUUGCAUGUGAAAGAUACUUGCAACAGGGUGUGAUAGGAGCUGGGUGGGCUUUCAUUAACACUGUAAAGGGUCAUUUUAGUACAUAAUAGCUCAUAAAAAUAAAAAAGUUGCAAAGUGUCCCUUUAAACCAGUAAAUGUUGGCUUUAGAGCCCUUAAAGAUAGUUGAACCUUAGCAAUUACUGAAGGUCUACCAAAGUCAUCAGGGCUGUCUCUAGUAAAGACAUCCAUUCAUGUGCUUUUCCAGGACCAGGAUGGAAGCCCAGACCUCCUCCUUAGAGACUCUGUCCAGCUCCUUCUCAGGAUCCAUAAAUGCCCCCAGAAUACUGAUGAUUCAUAAUCCUUCCACAGAGUUCUGGGUCUGCCCUAGGUCUCUGCUCAGUGCUCAGAAAAGCUCCAAAAGAGCACAUUCAGGAGACAUCCUAAUCAGAUUCUUAAACCACCUCAGCAGACUCCUUUUGAUGAGCAGGAGCAGCAGCUCCUCACCUCUGAGCUUAGCUUCUUCACCUGAACUAGGGCUGCACAAUAUAUCACAAAUAUAUCGUUAUUGUGAUAUCAACAUGCACAAUAUGCAUUUCGCAAAGAACAGAUAAAUAUAAUGAAUGCUCAGCUCAAAUGUUUGCUACACAUAAUGCAUUCUGUCAAUCAAACGGAAGCAGGAUGUUUUUAACAAAUCUAAUAGAGCUCUUCACCCAUUUGGGCGGGUUCUCAUAGGUUAGAUGUCCGUCCCCGAGGCGGACAGCACUUAGUUUUGAUGGUUAGCAAACACUCGAGUUAGCUUUGCUCUGCUCUUUCUGCUGAUUCUGCUUUUCCUGGGAUCCACUGAUUGCCUUUUCUUGUUCAUUUUUCCCUUUCCUCACAUCUUUUGCUUUUCUCAUUCUUAUCAAUUUUUGUCAGUUUUUAUUUCUUUGUUUUUGAUUAUUUUUGUUCCUGAGUUGUUUUUAUUUAUCGCAAGUAAUAUCGUCAUCGCAAUAUUAAUCACUGUUAUCGCAUAUCGCAGGUUUUCCUAAUAUAAUUCAGCCCCAACCUGAACAGACCGAUCAAUCACUCCCGUUACUGGAUCUAUGGGAUACUGGAACUCCUCCUGUAGAAGACUUACCGGUACAUUUAACCUGGAUGGAACACCCCACCAGGGAUUGUCUUUGCCUAGAUGGUUUUUUCUAUUUCUUGUUUAUUCUUUUUUUGUUAUUUUGUGGGAGGUGGGUGACUCUGAAUCAACAUUUACCAUUAAAAUACACAAAUACUUUAAACUCACCAAAAAUUCCAAAUUCCCACAACGUGUGUUCUAAAAUGAGACCUUUUUUUUUUUUUACCAAAGCUUCUGGGAACAGAGUACCAGGUUUAAAUUUAGAUUUUGAGACACAAAACACAGAGUUUCUCAAAUCAUAUUCAGUGAUCGUUGCCAGUCUAAACGUCCGUGCAGUACUAAGAGAGAAGCAAACUGAAGAAACAUUUACUGGUUUUGGCACGAUAAUGGGCAUCCUGGCUACAAAUUAUUUAGGAACAGCAACACAUCAACAGGUGUUGCAGCAGGAUUUCAGCUCUUCACCUUUAAUAAUAAACACCUUAAAGAGCAUCUCUGGUACCACCAGAUAUUUUAGGCUGUUGAUUUAAAGUCAAAACUAUAAUUAAAAAACUGUAAAACAUGCUUUUGAUCGAGACAUAGAAUGAUUCUAAAAUUUUCCCACGGGUAGUAUCACCUCCUACUUACAGUCUGUGAUGUUUCUCCUCUGGUCCAGAAGGAACUCACCGGUUGGGAGAAUCAGAAAAGCGGGGAAUUGAGUUGUUUGCUGCAAUUGUUCCACCAAAGUCUGCACACCACCCCUAAACUAGUAGGGCUUUUAGCCAGCUGGUUUUAUUUUCUUGAAUGCGUUUCUAAUAGUGUUGUUGGGGAAUCAUGGAGGAAAGUUUCAGUUCUGCGUAACUCAGUCUGACCUGCUUCAGCUCUGGACAGUAAUGAACCCUAACUGUCAUCUUUAUGGUCAUCUUGCUAAACUCCUUCAACCUUUUCAUUUUAUGUCUUUAAACUUUCCACUGGACUUUUAUGGCUUUUACUACAAGCAGCAGUAAUCUUUCAGCUCCCUGUGACUCACCGCGACCUGCCAGGUCAGAAAAACUGGGAGGUUUGAUGAAAUCUGAUGGUAAAUGUAAAGAAUUUUCCAACCUCAGCAGAUCGCGGUCGCUGUUUCUGCUGCAAACCUCGUUUCAUGUGCCUAAAUGGGGACUUAUAAUGAGAGAACAGCUCUAUUUUUUGCCCAGCUUUUCCUCCCUCAGACAUCUGGCUCUAAUAGAGGAGAGGAGCUACUGGCCUGGCCCGAAGCCGCGGUGCUCCAAAGAAAGAAUGGUUGUGUUCUCAGCAUGGGUCAGGAGCACAAAAACUCAGACACUUUCCUUGCAAAUUAGUGCUCCUGCUGAUUUUAAUGCCACACUUACUCAGCAGUUGCAGCAGGAGCAUCUGAGGCUCCAUUUAAACUGCUUAUUUAGCUCCUAAAAUAAAAAAUGAACAAUGCACAAGGGACCUCUUAGCCUGCAAACAAGCCAUCAGAGAAACCCCUUUCUCCUGUUUCACUUCACUUCAGAAUCAGCCUCUGGAAUUUAUUAUAGAAGAAUGAAACUGAAGCAAGAUGCCCAGGAGGGUCCCUGCUGCUCAGAGAGGACAUGAGGGAUGGCUUCGACCAACAAGAGCCUGUGACCACGUCCAAGGAUUAUCAAAUACCUGCACAGAGCUCUCUCUCUCACACACACACACACACGCACGCGCACGCACACACACACGCACGCACACACACACACACACACACACACACACACACACACACACACACACACACACAACAUCUCAUUGGCAAAAACAAAUGGCUCAAUUUAGAUUUGUCCAUAUUCUCUACGGAGCCAGCUCCUGUUCACUACCUGGUUCUCCCACCAUAGCAGGGUAUUUAUAUUAGAUAGAUAUUCAGACCAGCAGCUAAAUUUAUGUUGUUUUUCCAACAUUUGCAGUUAGACUCGACUUCACAUUUGCUGUUUAGCCACAAAGAACACAGGAUGUCGUCUAAAAAUGAUUGUUUUUCACUCAAAAAGGAGUGUUUUGUUAGCAUUGCACCUACGCCCGCGUGUCUUUUAAAUAUAAUAUAACGAGCAUUUAGAGCUGCUUUGGUAUUUUGGUAAAUCUACGAGUCUGAGUUCAAUUCUUGAAGUUCAAAUUUAAACUGACAGUAAAUACUCAAUUACUGACAGUAAUUGAGUAUUUAGCACAAAAUACAAUCAAAUAAAAAAUAUCAGCUGAGAUCAUUGUGAGAGGCUUCUGUCCCCAAGCUUCUGCAAUGAGUCAAGGAUGUAUUUUUUAAUAUAACUUUGUUUAUAUAAAAAAUGUCAAACUGACUCUUUCGGAUUGCUUAAAGUUUAAUCUUUUUAGUGCUAAUUUCUUAUUUAUUUAAAAUCAUCAGCACAGAUGGACAAAGGUGCAAUGUUUGGUUCAACCAUAUCAAAGACCUGACAUGAUUUUAUUCUGCUUGAAUCUGGGAUGUUGAUGGACUCUUGUUAGUUGCCUUUAAACGUUUGCAGACUAUCAUCAUAACGCUUGUGGAACACAGGGGCACUGGAAAGAUGCAGCAGGAUGAUCAGAGUUCAGGAAACGAGCCUCAGACCACUGAAGCUGCCUGUCACUAUUUAGAUCAGUGUUUCUUCCCUGGUGUUGACAGAUUCAUUAUUUGCACAUCUUUUUUCUUUUGUUUGCAGGUUUUGUUCUAAUAGUUAGAGAAGACACAAAUAUUUAGCCUGACUGGGACUUUUUGGUUUUGUUCUAUAAGGAAACAUAAACCGCUUUUCACACACUAAAUAAUAUUUGUCCCAAAUGCAAACUAAACUUGACAUGAAGAUUACAGAUCAUUAGGUUGUUUUUAAAACUGUAAAAUCAUGAAAUGAAGGAAAUAUAAUAAAAAGCUUUUUUUUACUGUUUGACAUAAAGAUGAAAAGCAAAAUAAUUUUAAACUUGUUUAACUGAGAGGACUUGUACCUAUGCAAGCCCUUGUGUUACGUUAACAAAGAACAAGUAAUUAUCACAGUGAACAUAAACACACAGAGCCAGUCUGUUGGAUGAAUAACUUCAUCACCAUAGUUGACGUCUCCGUUUGUCUUGUUUCGCUACUGUGUGAGUGAAGCUGACCUUUGUGUCCCGUCAGCAUCUUGCUGAAGUUUGUUUUAAAACGUUAAAUAUCUGUGGUGGGUUUCAGAUGAUCACUCUGAUGAGAGUGACGUCUAUUCUUAGUCACAGAGCGAUUAAAAUCACACGUUCAUAUUGAAUGAAACAGCUAAAACAUAGAAUGAAUUUCCAUUUUGACCAAAACCACAGAAGUAGAGGGGCUAAAAGGCCCCAUGUGGCCCCGGCGCCUCCAGAACCCUGGACUUGAAUGUUGCUGCUGCCAAAACUAACGAGUUCUUUCUCAGACUCACAUUUCUUUAUUUCUCUAUCUGGCCCAGGAGUUAGAGCUUGAUCAGCCAGCAGAAUAAACUCCUCCAUUGUCCAUCUCCACAGGGACAUUAGAGCCACAUUUGUCUGAGAGAUCCUGGCCAUGGCCUCCUGCAGCUUUCAGGUGUCUCUGUGUUUCCCCGACAGCAUUCCAGCUGUCUCUCAUUCUGCCCGAUGGAGGAAUGUGUGGGAGCGUUCUAGGAAUGUGUUCUGAAUUUGAGCUGUCCACUGAUAUUUGGAAAGAUUCACUAUGUGUGUGAAAAACAGCACUUCCUUUAUACCUGUGAUUUAGGGGGUGUGUGUGGUGGAGAGGUGGAAUGUUAAUGUGUUGUGUGUGUGUGUGUGUGUGUGUGUGUGUGUGCCAACACUGCUGUACCCACGCCACCUUCGGAAGACGGUAUCCAAGGAAGAUGAGAAGCUUGUUCCAUCACACUCCACUUUCCUAUUUAUUUAUUUAUUUAUUCAUUCACAGAGUGCCUCCUCAGCAUCACCAUGGCAACAAAUCCAAACUCUGUAUUUCACAUUUCUUCCUGAGACAAACCUUGUGUUCUGUUUUACUCUGUUUGCUUUAUUUAUUUUCCCAGACAUGCGCACAAAAUGAAUGAAUGAAUGAAUGAAUGUGCGGCCAGUGAGGGAGGGUGGGACGGCUACCACAGCAGUGUGACCUAAAGUUCAUCCUCUCUGAUGUUUCUGUAAUAAAAACAACACUGAAAA